UGUCCGUCAAACGUGCUCGCCUCUGAUUGGUCAAAUGAAGAGCGGAAGUUGUUGUUUUCACGACUCUGGUUUACGGCAAACAGCCGCGACGAGAGAAACGCUGAUUAUCUGCGGGAACAAACGACACAAAUCAGAGAUGAUUGAGGUGGUUUGUAAUGAUCGUCUGGGGAAGAAGGUUCGAGUCAAAUGCAAUCAGGAGGACACGAUCGGGGACCUGAAGAAGCUGAUCGCAGCACAGACCGGCACACGCUGGGACAAGAUCGUGCUCAAGAAAUGGUACACCAUAUUCAAGGACCACGUGUCACUGGGAGACUAUGAAAUCCAUGACGGCAUGAAUCUCGAGCUCUAUUACCAGUAGGAACUCACACACCACACACACACACACACACACAAACAAACACACACAGACACACACUCUCUCACACCACACACACAGAGAUUGUGGAGCGAGUCGCUUUCAUCAUGUCUCGAGGCAUCAGAAUAUGUGUUCAGUUGAAUUGUUUUGAUAUUGUUUGGAAAUAAAACUCAUUUAUGUGCA